CGUGAUGUAUACAGUCCCGUAAAGAAAAGAAAACCGAAGCCCUCCCUUCCUCGCCGACGACGAUAGCGGAGGCCAGCUAGAUCGCUCACCGCCGGGACUCUCCUAUGCCGACCGUUGGAUCCCCCUCUUCCUCUUCCACGGCCAGCACUUCGAUUGCAGUGGACCUGACGGAUAAUCCCUUGUCGAACCCUAGCGGCGUCGCUGGCGGCGCCGCCGGACCGGAUGCGAUGCAAUCGUGGUGGGAAUCCAUCUCCAAAGCACGAUCCCGGAUCCUUGAACUGGUAUCUCUUCUUCACUUGCCGGAUCUUGCCUCGCUGGCGGACUCUGACCGCCCCGCCCGCUCCCUCCUCGGCUCCCCCGCCGCGUACGCCGCGCUCUCCGUUGCGCUAUCCGCCUCCUCCUCGGGAUCUGGAGACGACCUGCUCUGCCAGUGGCUGUACGAUACUUUCCAGUCAUCAGACCCCGAUCUCCGCCUCGUCGCCCUUUCCUUCGUGCCUCUACUCGCCGGCCUCUACUUCUCCCGCAUUGUCUCGUUCUCUUCUUCCAAUCCGCCCUCCUUGUCCGGUUUUGAGGCCGUCCUCCUCUCCGUAUAUGCCGCCGAGGUAAAAGUCCGCGGUGGAAAGCCCGUGCUUGUUUCCAUUCCCGAUCUCUCCCUCCCCUCCCUCUACCACACACCCCGCCCGUCCGCCCGCCAGGCCACCGCCGCGCCGCCAAAACGUCCCUCCGUUGGCGUCCUCUCCCUUCCUCUAGAACCCCAGAUUGCUGUAAAGUCCACCAAGCGUGCGUGCAUUGUCGCAGUGGCUCUCGAUUCCUAUUACAAGAAUAUCUCCUCCAUGCCCAGUCGCUCAAAGAUUGAUUUUUGCGAGUUUGUUGCUGGAUGGGCUGGCCAGGAUUGCUCUUGCCGCUUCGAUCUCAAUGAUGGCUACUCGAAGCCGCCGUUGAGCUGUUCCUCCUCCCUGUCAUCGUCCUCUUCCUCCCCCCAGGUUAGGAUUUUUGCCGAGGACAACGGAUUGGUGGGAGGCACUGUGGAGGAGAUUCAGAGACUAAGUAUCCAGGAUAGCCAUAAUGGCAACCUCUAUAACAGGGAGGAGGAAGAGGGCAGUGUUCUGAGGAGGGGUUCUAGAGUGCCUCUCCCUUGGGAGCUUUUGCAGCCGGUGUUGAGGAUCUUGGGUCACUGUCUUCUUGCACCUCUCAAUUCCCAGGAAGUGAGGGAUGCAGCAUCCAUGGCAGUCCGGUGUGUAUAUGCUCGGGCAUCGCAUGAUCUGUUAUCACAGGCUAUUUUGGCUUCCCGGAGCUUGAUUCAGCUGGAUAAUACUGCAAGAAGAGUGGAAAAACCGGGAACUUCCCUGGGCAAUUCUUCAAAACCCAGCACACCAAGCAAACCAAAGAAGCCAGAAGUGUUCUUGGUCUCAAAAUGAUCAGUCAGUAAGUACUAUAUAGACAGGUGUAUAAUACAACAUAGUCAUGUUACCAUUUUAAGACAGGUUUCAUAUUUGCGUUUGAUAGUUCCUAUAGGUAUCUGAGAUUGUUAUUUGUGAUGAUGCAAGUGAGCAAAUACUGAUCCUCUUUUUCUCUA